AGCUGGCGGAACACGGUGGAGCUCUGGCGAGUGCUGGCCGUCAUUGCUGCGCCACUAUGUUACCUCCUCUUCUACCUACUGGUGGGCAUCGCAUGGGCUGGCUCAAACCGUUGGCGACGCCUGCUCUACCAUGCUCCGCCCACCAGGCGCGUAGAGAAGAAGCCGAAACAGGAGACUGAAAAGGAAUUUGAGGAGCGCCGACAAACGUGGAGUGAGGGCAUCCCCAGACACUACAAUUUCGACCCUAAAGAGUACUUGGAUGACUUCCUGACCAGUGAGGGCAUUGAUGUCAGUAUCAAGAGAUGGAGGAGAAAAUAG